GCGAAACAAAUAUUUUCAGACAUAUGAGAAAACAAUUAUAACAAUGGCAAUGAAAAUGAGGAUUUAUGGUUGUCUGCUGGUCGCGGCUGUAUGUCUCACCUUUACUAACGCUGCGGAACCGGAGCUCCCAACGGGUACGACUGCAUGGCCGGAGAUUUGUCGUGUAAUGGCACUGUACAAAACGUGUGACGAUGUAUCCUUCCGUGUAGCGUGCAGCUAUUUGUGUGCGGAUGCCGCAGCAAGUUGUAUAAGCAAGAAUAUGAUAUAUAUACCGUCUAAGGGAAAAUGUUAUGGAAUGACAGUGACGGCCCAAAACUUAUGGGCAUUUGCUUGGGAUUCCUGUGAAUGGUAUGGAACUACUUUGGCCACACUUAAGGACGCUAAAGACGCAGAGGUGUUGGCGUAUUUGAAGACUAAAGUCGGUAAUACGCAGUCAAAGAUUAUAGUUGGAGCAAUAAAUGUUGGAAAAAGUGACGAAUGGGUACAUGUAGAUGGUACGUUAGUGGACAAUUCGUUUUGGGUUUCCAGUAAACCUACUGGUCAAUCCAAAGUAAAUUGCAUGCAUUCCGACACUGGGAGUCAAUAUAAACAAAAUAAUGACGAUUGUGGUCAGAACAGAGGUUUUGUUUGCGAAUUUUGAUUUGAUUAUCUUCAGAAACCACCAAUGUAACAAUGCUUACAGUUUAAUGUAAUAAUGUUUAAAUAAAAUCUGAUCAAAACAUUA